GGAAGUACGUCAUCAAUAAAUGCAUCGUGCACAAACCACACUUUUCCGUCUCACUCUUCACAAACAAAAUCGAGUCUAGUCUAAAUCAACUCAAUCUUCUGGACUGUAGAACACUUUAAAGUUUCGCUUCCAACAGAGAAGAACAACAAAAGACAUGAUUAACGCGGAGGGACGGAUGGUGGCCAAGCUGACACCCCUCAGAAUAGACUACCCCUUCCCAGCUGGAAAAGACAGUAGCAAGAACCCGGAUAUAUACAGGAGUGGGAUCGUCAUUUCGUCUGCUCCACUUCUGAAAUCUGCCCCUGGAGCUCAUUGGAAUUUGCCUGACUCAAGAACGUUUAGCGCGUGCCCAGACCCAAUCAUAGGAGUACCAUUCGACACAUCUAAACCAAGGAAAGGGCGAUGGGGUGAAACAAUGAAUACGACAAUUUACAGGGACUCGUUGGAAGUAGAUAAAUAUUGGAUUGAUUACCAUGCAGGGACCUAUCGUUGGAGGAGAGAAGACCUGUCCAAGCAAGACGCAAAGAGAGACCUGCAGAAGAGAAUAGAGAUCUGUCUGUACGGGGAACCUCGGCGCUAUGACAUCUUGAAAAACUGUGAUUCGCUGGAGAGACAAACUUAACUAAAGAAACGAAAUAAAUGAUAAAUAAACAGCAACGAUGAAAGCCUCUGUCUAGGAUGAAUUUUUCGUUCACCAUAUGACUUGCGUUAUGAGAUGCAUUUAAGGGGGUUGUCCUCCGAGUGUGAGACUGUUAUUCUACAUUUCAUCUGUAGAGUAGAUUUAAGCAGUCAGAAGUAGCCACCACGCACCACAUCGUCACCAUGAACAGAAGUAGAUGUUGUCCAGCACGUCUACAGUGUACAGUAGAAAGGCUUUGUCCCAAGGCAAGUGAUUGUCACCUGGGCUCCAAUGAUUACCAGUUCAGAUAUAAUGAUGGUCUGUCGUCUGCUAUUGGAGCUAAAAAGACCCCACUUGUUUAUCAUUGCAAUGAUAUGGACUGUAUACUGUCCCCGGACCUGUAUGGACACCAGCGCCCAACAAGACAACUUGGCCCAAAGCCUGUCAACUGGUGGCCCAGCAUUCAAGGACCUGUCUGUCACAAUAAGAAGCCAGAAUCAAGAGCACGUUUUAUUGGACUCCAUUAUGACAUCACUAGAGCCCCGCCUACAGAAUAUGAAAUCCAACACUUUUAGAAGCCAGCGUCUCUAUUGCCAUGAACAUAUUCUAAAUAUAGAUUGUUGUACAUACAAAAGUAUGUAAGGAAAAGAAAGCUAAGCUACGAAACAAAACAAAAAGUGUUAAAAUAAAACUAAACCUUUUAAAAAAAAAUCAAGUAUUGUAUUGAAUGUAUAUAUCCGUUGUUGAGAACAAAAUGUGCUUCUACCAGACCACACAUGCCACACUCUCAUCCCUCACGCGCACCACACAUCCCAAACACACCACACCCUUUUCCACACAUAUACACCGUACUCGAUACAAUCGCACCACACCAUACAC